GCGACGCUGUCGGAGCUAAACGUGAAGGGAGCGUGCAGCUCGGCCGAUGGUUGAAACAACGUCGACCCAACGCUUUACGAUCAAGUUCCCGAUGCUGCAGCCACCGUCUCCGCUUUUGGAGAUGGCAUCCCUGCGUCUGCCGGACUCGGAGGAGUUCGACGUUGACACGCGACGAAGGAGUAACAACGGGAAUGUGGCGCCCACGACUGUCUCCGCUGUUCCACCGGCCACUGGUACCCUCUUGCAGAUGAGGAACGACCUCGGAGACUAUCUGAACAACCUGAUAGCCGAGGCUAUCACGACCAGUCCUAGAACGUCCAUGGAGGAGCACGGUGGGCUGUUGAACGCCAGCAAAACGGUGAACCUGUCCACGGCUGAACAGAUACCGGACAGGCUGUACAGGCAUAGCAUGGCCAUGUCAGCGGUAUACUGUGUCGCUUAUGUUCUGGUCUUCGUGGUCGGUCUGAUCGGGAAUAGUUUCGUCAUUGCCGUGGUUUACCGGUCGCCGCGGAUGAGGACCGUGACGAACUUCUUCAUAGUCAAUCUCGCGGUUGCUGACGUCCUAGUCAUCGUGUUCUGCCUACCUGCUACUCUGAUGAGCAACAUCUUUGUCCCAUGGUUCCUGGGAUGGUUCAUGUGUAAAGCCGUCGCUUAUAUACAGGGCGUUUCCGUGGCAGCCUCUGUCUACAGCCUUGUUGCGGUUUCCUUGGAUAGGUUCUUGGCAAUCUGGUGGCCGCUGAAAUGCCAAAUAACGAAGAGACGAGCUCGCAUGAUGAUAGUGGUGAUCUGGUUCAUCGCUCUGACAACGACCUCUCCGUGGCUGCUGUUCUUCGACCUAGUCGCCAUCUAUGACGACGAUCCAGACUUACGGCUGUGCCUGGAGGUGUGGCCCCACCCGGAAGAUGGCACUCUGUUCUUCCUGAUCGGCAAUCUCACUCUCUGCUAUGUCCUUCCCACGAUACUCAUCUCGCUCUGCUACAUCCUCAUCUGGAUCAAAGUCUGGCGACGCCAUAUACCAUCGGACACGAAAGAUGCUCAGAUGGAAAGGAUACAACAGAAAUCGAAGGUUAAGGUCGUGAAGAUGCUGGUGGUCGUGGUGAUACUGUUCGUGCUGUCAUGGCUGCCUCUCUACGUGAUCUUCACUGUGAUCAAGCUCGGCGGUGACGUAGCCGACAGAGAGGACGAGAUCCUGCCUAUCGCCACGCCGAUCGCCCAAUGGCUGGGCGCCAGUAAUUCCUGCAUCAAUCCGAUCCUGUACGCUUUCUUCAACAAGAAAUACCGCCGUGGCUUCGUGGCGAUUCUCAAGAGCGGGCGCUGCUGCGGCAAGAUCAGGUACUACGAGACGGUGGCCAUGAUGUCGUCGUCGACGAGCAUGAGGAAGUCCUCCUACUACGUGAACAACAACAACAACAACUCGUCGACCAGACGACCAUUCCAUGGACCACCGGUGCACCAGGAGAGCAACGUGUCCUAUAUAUUCAACCACACUGGCGUCUAA